AUGAGUGACGGAGAAGAUGACAUGGCGGCCUUUCAACCGGUCCUUAACCACCUGGACCUGGCAAAGAUACCACCCUUUGUCUUAUCCAUUCGCCAGCAGGGCGAAAAUGAAGAAGACGGAACAUCGACAUGCACCAGCUGUAGUGUUUUGCCUGAGCGUUUCUUCGGUUCUAAUAACAUCCUCAUUCCUCUUGAAUUCAAUACCGGCGAAAAGUGGAUUUUAAAAAUUCCCGUGCAUGGAUAUCCAGGAGGUUUCAAUGAUAUGCAUGCCCGUGUCUUGAUCGCAGAAGCCUCAACUAUGCAGUUUCUUAGGCGAAAAACGACUAUGCCCAUACCGACUGUCUUCUCAUUCUCAGCCACCCUAGAUAAUGACCUGGGCUGUCCCUACAUAUUGAUGCAGUACAUUGAUGGCAAGUCGACCCGCCAUGUUUGGUUCAAUGAAGAACUAGAUGCCGCUACUCUAGAGCGCCAUCGGACACAGGUUCUACUGGAUCUAUCCAAAAUUAUGUUGCAGCUGAAUCAAUUCACCUUUUCUGAGGCCGGCUCGCCAACUUUCGAUAACAGCAAUAAUCCCAUUGGUGUAGGACCGUUGAGAGUCAUAGAUAUGCCGGCAAUGUUGGAAGAACUGAGAAAGAAUGACGUAUGGGACACAAUCAUUCAAUCCGAGAUUGAGCCUAGUUCAGACCCAAAGGCCUGGAUGCUCUGCAUGUUCGAGCGUCACGAGCCACCGGAUGACAAGUUUAGUCAAGGGGCACAUCGACUUCUAAAGCACUUCAUAGAAUGGUUACCAUGGUCGGAGUUUACGAAAGAGCCCUUUGUAUUGACACACCCCGACUUCAACUUUCAGAAUAUUCUAGUUUCCGACGAGGGUAAGGUGUGUGCAUUGAUCGACUGGGAAGGUGUUUCCACAGUGCCGAGAUUCCUGGGUAACGAGAGAUACCCUAGCUGGCUUACCCGUGAUUGGGAUCCCAUGAACUACGGUUACGGGAUGGAAGAGUGUUUUGUCCAGGAGAAUUCACCGGAGGAGCUUUCUCAUUAUCGACAGCUGUACCGUGGCAUGAUUCAGGCUGCCGUCACAGAAUAUCCAAAAGAGACCGAUGCCAUUGCCGUUGCUCUCUCUAGGCGAAACUUGGAGCGACACUUACUAGUCUUGGAAAGCCUUUCGAUUGCUGCUGAUCAGCCGAUCAACCUGCCUGAAACAGUUCAAAAGCUUUUCAAUGAAGUGUCAAAGCAAGUGAGAUUUCCUGAGGAUCUGGAGCUUUGGGAGGUUUGUUUCGGACUUGCAGAUGACGAUCUCGAUGAUGAACAAUUGGAAUCGGUCCGUUGUGCGUUUCUGAGAUUGCUUCAAUCGCCGCACUAG